AUGUCCCUCACACAUUUAGUCUGCUUACUCUCAUUGCUUUGCUUGAUUGAGACAAGAUCGCUGUUAAAGUCAAAGCAACGAGCACCCGCUGAUAGUAAAGUUUUUGUCUUGUUACGCACCACGAUGCCCUACGAUCAAACGCAAGGAGUCGGCUUCGUUCAGGCGGUGAAGGGAGGAUUAACUUCAGCAGCAAAAAGCGGCAAAGUGAAGGUGGAUCGGAUUGAGGCUGUCAACCUGAGCGGAGCAAUGACAGCCAAACUCGGCGUUUCCAUUAACGACAAAGUUUCUUGUACACAAGUUGAGAAAUUUGCAAGAAAUGCUGUCAAACAGAACAUGGCCCUACACUCCGCAAUCAUUACCUGUCGAAACGAGAAACCGAAACGAAUUCUCCGUGGAAAGAUC